GCUGAAUUUGUAUAAUUUUUAUGGGUGACCGAAUUUGGCCGUCAAUCAUAAAAUAUUUGGCCUUCAACCGCAAUGAAACUGUACUUUGGAGUUUGUGUCGUGCUGCUUACAACUCAUAUAAAACCUACCUGCUUAUAAGAAAUUCUAUGUGCUGAAGACAGACGUCAAUCUGUUCAAAAUAUGUCGCCACUUAAAACAACUGUGAUUGGUAGCUUUCCAAAGCCUGAAUACCUAGGCAUUCCGUGUUGGGUAAAGAACGGAAAAGAAGUUAUAAAUUUCGUGGAAGAAUACAACAAAGCACUAUCAAGUCAAGGUGCGGAGGAUAUUGAAAACCAACUCCAAGCGGCCACUCAGGAUAUAAUUGCAUUGCAGCGCAGAGUUGGUCUAGACCUACUCACUGACGGAGAAUUGAGACGAGAGAAAUACAUACACACCUUCUGCAGAAGUCUGAAUGGGUUCGACUUCCAAAAAACAAAGAAAAAAAUCUGCAGAAACGGUGCCUGGGAAGGACUUUUGCCAACGAUUGUGUCAAAAGUUUCGCACAAAGAAGAACCAGGUUUCAUGGCCAAAGAGUGGAAGUGGAGCCAAAAUAUGAGUGAAAGGCCAAUUAAAGUGACGAUUCCAGGACCAAUGACGAUCAUGGACACCUUUUGUGAUGACUUUUACAACAACGACGAAGAGUUAUUAAACGACCUUGCUAAAUGCAUCAACAUUGAGCUAAAAUUGUUAGCGGAGGCAGGAUGCAAGGAAAUUCAAGUUGACGAGCCAGUGUUGAUGAGAUAUCCUAUGCAAGGACUUGAAUAUGGAAUCAAAUAUUUGUCAGCUUGCAUCACCGACGUUCCUAAGGAGGUCUUUAAAACAGUCCAUGCCUGUUGUGGAUAUCCCCAAUAUUUGGACCAAACAGACUAUGAAAAGGCUGACAAAGGAGCCUAUUUGAAAUUGGCGCCUAGUCUUGAUAAUUCUGGGUUUGAUGCACUGUCAAUUGAGGAUACGCAUCGCAGAAAUGAUCCUGAGCUCUUCAAAGCCUUCAAGAAAAUGAAAAUCGUCCUUGGUGUCAUCGAUGUGGUGAAAAGUCGUCUAGAAACUGUUGAAGAAAUCCGCAAACAUAUAUCGGACGUAUUGGAAUACUUACCACGAGAACGGCUGAUCAUCGCCCCGGAUUGUGGGCUGAUCUUCCUGCCUAUAAACCUUGUAGAAAAUAAGCUGGCCAACAUGGUCAAAGCAGCGUCUAGUUUUUAAGAUUGAUAUUCAAGUUUUUAGCAAUUUUAAAAGUUUUGUGAAGAUAAUUUUCCAUUUAAAAGCCACCGAAUUGUCCAUUAUUU